AUGGUGAAGCUGGAUAUACACACGCUGGCUCAUCACCUCAAGCAGGAACGAUUGUAUGUGAACUCAGAGAAGCAACUUAUUCAAAGGCUCAAUGCAGAUGUGUUGAAGACAGCUGAAAAGCUGUACCGCACGGCGUGGAUUUCCAAGCAGCAAAGGAUUAACUUGGACAGACUGAUCAUAACGAGCGCUGAAGCUUCUCCUGCUGAAUGUUGCCAGCAUGCUAAAAUCUUGGAGGACACACAGUUUGUGGAUGGAUAUAAGCAGUUGGGAUUUCAGGAGUCUGUUUACGGCGAAUUCCUAAACAGACUGAGAGAGAACCCUAGGCUUAUUGCUUCCUGUUUGGUUGCUGGAGAGAAGCUCAACCAGGACAACACUCAGAGUGUCAUCCACACAGUCUUCACCUCCAUUUAUGGCAAUUGCAUCAUGCAGGAGGACGAGAGCUACCUCCUCCAGGUCCUCCGUUACUUGAUUGAGUUUGAGCUCAAGGAAAGCGACAACCCUCGGCGGCUGUUGAGACGAGGCACCUGCGCGUUCAGCAUCCUGUUUAAACUUUUCUCCGAAGGACUCUUUUCUGCAAAACUUUUUCUUACUGCAACUUUACAUGAGCCAAUCAUGCAGCUUCUGGUUGAAGAUGAAGACCACCUGGAGACUGAUCCAAACAAGUUAAUCGAGAGGUUCUCCCCUGUACAACAGGAGAAGUUAUUUGGAGAGAAAGGCACAGAAAAGUUCAAGCAAAGAGUCCAAGAGAUGGUUGACUCCAAUGAGGCCAAGCUGGUGACCUUGGUGAACAAAUUCAUUGGCUAUCUCAAACAAAAUACUUACUGUUUUCCUCACAGCUUGAGGUGGAUAGUGUCACAGAUGUACAAAACGCUCUCGUGUGUAGACAGGCUGGAGGUUGGGGAGGUCAGAGCAAUGUGCACAGAUCUUCUCCUAGCGUGUUUCAUCUGUCCUGCAAUUGUUAACCCAGAGCAGUAUGGGAUCAUUUCUGAUGCUCCUAUAAACGAGGUGGCAAGAUUUAAUUUGAUGCAGGUUGGGAGACUUCUGCAGCAGUUGGCAAUGACAGGAUCUGAAGAGGGAGAUUCACGCAUGAAGAGCAACCUUGCUAAAUUUGACAAAAGCUGUGUGGCUGCGUUCCUGGAUAUCGUUAUUGACGGACGUGCGGUUGAAACUCCUCCUCUGUCUUCUGUGAACCUUCUGGAGGGGCUGAGCAGAACAGUGGUUUACAUGACCUACAGCCAGCUGACUACUCUGGUUGGCUUUAUGCGGAAUGUAAUGUCCAGCGAUCAACUUAAGGAAGAUCGGAUGGCUUUGGAAAACCUGCUAGCAAACUUACCCCAGAACAAACCAGGGAAAAGCAGCAGCCUUGAAAUGACUCCGUAUAAUACCCCACAACUUUCUCCUGCAACUACUCCGGCUAACAAAAAAAAUCGAUUACCAAUAGCAACUCGUAGCAGAAGUAGAUCAAAUAUUCUAAUGGAUCAGCAUGGAGAUCAUGAAGGAUCCUCCCAGGAGACUAUCCCAGAAGUUCAGCCAGAAGAAGUGCUGGUGAUCUCUUUGGGGACAGGUCCACAGAUUACUCCAGGAAUGAUGUCAGAAAAUGAGGUCUUAAAUAUGCAGCUUGCAGAUGGCGGACAAGGAGAUGUCCCUGUUGAUGAAAACAAACUCCAUGGUAAACCUGAUAAAACCUUGCGCUUUUCCCUCUGCAGUGAUAAUCUGGAAGGAAUAUCUGAAGGUCCUUCAAAUCGCUCCAACUCUGUGUCAUCGUUGGAUUUGGAAGGAGAGUCUGUGUCGGAGCUUGGCGCGGGCCCCUCUGGGAGCAAUGGUGUUGAAGCUCUGCAGCUGUUGGAGCACGAACAAGCCACAACUCAGGAUAAUCUUGAUGACAAGCUCCGUAAGUUUGAAAUCCGUGAUAUGAUGGGAUUGACUGAUGACAGAGAUAUAUCAGAAACUGUGAGUGAAACUUGGAGUACAGACGUCUUGGGAAGUGACUUUGAUCCAAAUAUCGAUGAAGAUCGUUUGCAAGAAAUAGCAGGUGCAGCUGCAGAGAACAUGCUAGGCAGCUUGCUGUGUUUACCAGGUUCAGGAUCCGUGUUGCUUGAUCCCUGCACAGGUUCAACCAUAUCGGAAACCACAAGUGAGGCGUGGAGUGUGGAAGUAUUGCCAAGUGAUUCAGAGGCUCCAGACUUAAAACAGGAGGAAAGACUCCAAGAACUGGAAAGCUGUUCUGGGCUGGGUAGCACGUCUGAUGACACAGAUGUAAGGGAGGUCAGUUCUCGACCCAGCACGCCAGGCCUCAGCGUUGUAUCAGGUAUUAGUGCAACAUCUGAAGAUAUUCCUAAUAAGAUUGAGGAUCUCAGGUCGGAAUGCAGCUCUGACUUUGGGGGAAAAGAUUCUGUGACAAGUCCUGACAUGGAUGAAACAGCCCACGGAGCCAGUCAGUUGACAUCUCCUCCUUCUCAGACAGACUCUUUGCUUGCAUUGUUUGACCCUCUGUCAUCAAAUGAGGGUGUAUCUGCUGUAGUGAGGCCUAAAGUACACUAUGCAAGACCUUCUCAUCCACCACCGGAUCCACCGAUCUUGGAAGGAGCUAUGGGAGGUAAUGAGGCCCGAUUACCAAACUUUGGGUCUCACACUUUAAUUCCAGCAGAUCUAGAAGCAUUCAAGCAGAGGCAUUCUUAUCCAGAAAGGCUAGUCCGCAGUAGGAGUUCAGAUAUAGUAUCAUCAGUUCGGAGACCAAUGAGUGAUCCUGGGUGGAACAGACGUCCCGGUAACGAGGAGAGGGAGCUUCCUAUGCCGACCACCAGCAGCGGAGCGGCUGUUCUGGUGGCUGCAUCUCAGUCAUCAUCUUCGUCUCCCAGUAAAGACUCCUCUAGGGGAGAG